AUGCAAGUUCUCGUGCUUCCCGCCUCUUUCGUCAACGUCGGGUAUGGCGUCGUGAGUCGGCCACAGCAGAUCCAGCAGGUCCAGCAGCUCCAGCAGCUCCAGCAGGUGCCAGGCAACGGUGAAUCCGUUGCUGCCUCACGUUCGCAGUGCGUCCAGGCGGGGCCGCCGCCUGGGUGCAGGCAGCCUGGGCUUCAGACUGGGCUUCAGGCAGCCUGCACUUCUCGCAUGCAGGAGUCCCAGGAGGCUGGAAAGAAAGCGGCUUUGAAGUUCAACACCUCGGAGCAGAAGCGCAUCAACAACGACCUGGUGCAGGCCGGCAGGUGUGGGACCUCGGCGCUGUUGCGGUGCAUCUCGAAGAACCUGGGCCAGAUGAAUGGGGUAAACGUUGCCACCGCCUUCCACCGCCUGACGCGAGAUGGGGACGAGUCCUUGGCAGGGGAUGUCACCUUCCUCCGCCUCAUGGACACGGCAGAGCUGAGGGCAAAACAAGAGCAGGCCCUGCAGAACGGGACGAUGCCUGCGAAUUGCUGCACCAUCAUCGCCUGGUCUUGCGCCAAGCUGCGGGCCUUCCUCCCGUCGCUCUUUUCGGUCCUGGCCUCUGUGGCCGCAUCCCAGUUGGGGAAGUGCCAGGCCUACGAGGUGACCAACCUGCUCUGGGCCUUCGCGGAGUUCCACAAGUACCAGCAAGACGCAGCAGGGACCUUGGCGAAGGAACUCCAGACCCUCCUCGACGCCAUGGCGGAGAACUUCAUGCGCCGGAGCUUUGGGGACUUCAAGGUCCAGGUUCUCAUCUCUGCCUUCAUGUCCGCCAGCGCGCUGCCCUGGAGCCAGAGCUUCUCCCAGACGUGGCUGGCCACCAGCACGUUCCGCGAGCUGGCCGUGCGUUGGGAGGAGCUCGAGGCACAGGCCCACGCCCAGGUCUCGGUGGGGCUGGAAAGGCUCCGGGUCAAGUGCCGUCCGGUCUUCCAGAACCUCCGCGCCUUGGCCUCGAAGUUCCCGGACGUCGCGGAAGUCGUCGAGGUGGUCAAUGAGAAUUCGGCUAGCGGCUCGCGCUCCAUGGAGUAA